AUGGUUCAAGCUGGAGAGAAGAGACUGUUGCAGCUGCCCGAGUUGGAGGAAUUCCGCUAUCAUGUUUAUGAAAUUGCGAAAAUGUAUAAGGAGCGCACCAAGAGAAUUCAUGACAGGCGCAUCCAAUCUCGUGAUUUUGAGCCCAGGCAGUUAGUUUUCCUGUAUAACUCUAGGCUGAAGAUUUUCGGGGGAAAGUUUAAGAGUAAGUGGUUUGGGCCAUUCGAGGUGGUUCGUGUGACAGCACAUGGAGCAGUUGAGCUAAAGAGACCCAACUCGGAUGAGACAUUCUUGGUGAACGGACAAAGAGUGAAGCAUUACUACGGGGAGACCACUGACCGCGCAAGAACCACCAUCGAUCUAAAAGAGGAUUGA